GAAAUUUAUGAAUGGAUAUUAGUUUCCGCUACUGUAUGAAACGAGAGGGAUUUCUUCUGCUUUCUCGCCAAAUACACUGAGGGCCAUCUGUGACAAUAUACCUUGGCGACGAAGGUCAUAUUUCAGGUUUUCAUCUCUGAAAUGUAAACAAUCCUUAACUUAGUGCACAGAAAAGUCAUUCGUCUCGGAAAGCGCUCUUUAACUUCCUCCCAAAUACGCAGAAAAUAUAGAAUGGGGCGCAGUAUUUUCAACAAUAUGCUUUUUUCUUACAAAUCUCCAACAGUGGAUAAUUUUGUUUUCUGGUUAGUGCAUCGUUUUACAGCUGUUAAACUGUUAAUUAUGAGUUUAAUUAUAACGUGCAGACUUGCUUUUGGUGAUUCUUUUACAUGCUCUGCUUCUUACGAUGCUCUACCUCAGAGUUUUAUGGACGCCAAGUGCUAUUCUGAGUUAAUAGUUUCGUACCCAGGUAGUCCCAAUCCAGUUAUUCAAGAUCGUGGUUAUUCUUCUAGGAAUUUUGCAAACGAUGAUACGAAAAGAGAGCAGCCUUUCUACCAAUGGGUCAACUUGGCUCUUCUGGUUCAUGCUGUGAUAUUCCAUUUACCCCACCUGUUAUGGAAGGCUUACGAAUCUGGUUAUAUAGGCAGAUUAACAGCUGGUCUUGAAGUAGCUCUCAGCAAGGAACAGAAACGGAAUCUUGAGCUAUGUUAUUUAGCGAAAUUCCUUCUGAUAACUCAAGGAAAGCAUAAAGUAUACACCGGAGUUUUCAUUUUCUUUGAAGUAUGUAAUUUCAUCGUUUGUAUCUCACAGACUGUGUGGUUAGUGAGUUUCUUCAACAUGAAUGAUGCACCAAACUAUCUAUCAGUUGAUACAUCAACAUAUUCUGGAUAUCGGAAUUACUAUUUUCCAUCAACUAGUUUGUGCAGUAUUACCAAAUACUCGGCAUCUGGUGAACCGAGAAAUAUGGAUGCGGUUUGUGUUUUAUCAUUAAAUGAUCUCUAUAUGAGGUUAUUUUUAUUUCUUCGUGCAUGGUAUAUAAUCUUGAUACUCGCAACAGGUGCUGUUCUAAUUUACAGAUUAGUACUGAUACAGCCAAAAGUGAGAUCUCUGAUGAUUCGGACAGUCACUCCGUUAGUAUCGAAAUCAACUGUCAUGUCUGUUUGUCAUCAGAUGUCGUACUGUGAUUGGUUUUUCUUGAUGGCAGUGCAAAAAGAAUUGACCAAUGCGGACUUUUCUAAAUUGAUUGAGAAGAUGUUUGCCGUAUCUCAGAAUACAGGUAAGGAGCAUGAAGAGACUGAUGACAAGUCAUCAAUUUACGAAGAUAGUCAUAAAGAGUUGGAACUGUCACCCCGAAGUACACCUCUGUAGAAUACUGCAUAAAAAUAUAAGAGUUCGUGGACUAUUUUUGGAAAAUAUUAAAAAGCUCUUUUAGGAUAUAUAAUCAUAGAAUAAGUAUAACAUUCAGAAUAUUUAAUAUAUUCAUUGAAUUAAUCAUUUGAAUUGUUGUGUUUCAGAUAACAAUGUCCCAAAAUUAAUUAAAAUUUCCCAUAACUAUCUGAAUUUAUUUUUUAAAAAAAUUUCUUAAAUAAUAAUUGGAAAGGAGAAUCUCUGAUUCUAUAGAUAAAAUCCUAUGUUCUCUAUUCUAACUCUAAAUUCUAUUCUCUAUUCUAUAGAUUCUAUAGUUGAAUAGUUGACUCUAUAUUCCUGAAAAUUAUUUUUUGGUGUUUUACUAAUCUAUAUUUUUGUACAGUGCAUCAAAUCAAUACAAAAUUUGUUUUUAUUCUAUAUCGUUGUACAAUAAUUAAAAAAAUAACAUAUAAAAUAUUUUUUAAAAAUAACAUGUAUGCCAAAAAAUUAAUUUAAAAAAAUUAUUGUGCAAGUGUUCACAUUACAGUUAGAUAUAUCUAACUGUAUCAAUAUAUUGAUAUCUGAUUUUUAUAUUAAUAGAAAAGGCUUACAAUUGAAAUUUGAAUUUAAUGAUUUAAAAGUUCAUAUUUAUAUAGCAUUGAAAAUGCUCUGUUAUAAAGAAGAAUAGAUACGACGUGGAAUUGUGAAUUAUUCAAAGAUUAUAGCUUUUGGUUUUUAAUUUCGAUUAAAACAUUGUUUUCCAAAAUUUAAUGUAAUUUAUAUAGACAAUAUAUAAAAAUUCAUAAAAUCAACUAUUCGAAAAUUUUGAUUUUAGAAAAUAUUUUCAAUGAUGGUUUGUUACUCAAAUUAUGUUGAAGAUA